UGGGAUAAUUCGUGCCCGCUUACUUCUAUUUUUCCAUUUUCUAGGGGCACUAACCCUGUUUGUGUCUGCAAUGAGGGUGUGAGUGUCAUUGUGGUGGACUGUGUGUCUUAUCUCUUUGUUUGUCUCUGUGUGUGUAAGAGAGUUAGUGGACAGCGACUGCUGGCAUAGGAGUGUGGUAGGGAUAGCUGAGUGGCUGGCUACUUGUGUAUCGGACUAUCGCCUUGGUUCUCUCGAUGUGUUGCGUGUACACACUCGUAUGUCGCUUUCUGAUAAUGAGAGAGCUGUAGUGCUGAAUCGUGCAAUUGCCACCUACUGCUAUCGCAGAACGUACCGUUGCUGUCGCUGUAAUGCUCUUACAUAACGCUCCUGCCGUUUUGACCCUCGUUUAAUUUGACGUUCAGUCCUUGUCACAAGCAGCUGGUUACCUAUAUGAUCAAGGUAAAAGGUGUUCCGUCUGUCAAGUUGGACUUGCUGGCGCCUGGUCGUUUGGGCUUCUCCAGCCCCAGGCCGGUGCCGACCCACCAGAAACACAACCAGGCCCGGGCCGCGCUGCAACAGCAGCAGGGGCAGCAGGAUUUUCGGGGAAGUAGAAGCUGGCUUAUUGGGCCUGCUUUACUGUAGAAUCUACACGGCCGUUUCUAAACUGGUGCAGGGAGACGCUCCGUACCGUAAGCUUAUUUCGGAGGUGCCAGGAAAAACUGGCGUCAUCGCAUCGUGUGUGGACAGAUCUUCACACUUACUGCAGUGUGUAAUAAUCUAGUGCGUGUCGAAAUCGACCACGUCAACAAACGACGAAGUGAACUACGCCUCCGUAUGCGUCGCCGGUGCUGCUCUCUGUUCUUGAACGACUCGAAGAUGGCCCUGAUACCAAGGCGAAGAAAGAAGUGGAUCCCAGAAUAGCAGCAACUUGAGGUUGCGGCAGUGGCGCUGUUGUCGGUUACUACGUAUUUAGCGAACUGAUGCGGGAUCAUUGGCAGCACGAGUGAGCCUGGCGCGAUGUCGGAUGAUGGUGGUUCCGGAGCUCUGGCCGGAGGUGGGGCGCUCUUAUCCGACGAAGAGGAAGAACUAUCCUCGUCAGCAGGGCCGUCUGCGUCGUCCACCAUCAGUGGUAUUACACUGCAAGGAUCGCUCUGUAAAUGGACCAACUACCUGCAUGGAUGGCAGCCAAGAUAUUUUGUGCUAGCAAAUCAGACUCUUAGUUAUUAUAAAUCGGAGAAUGACACAAGCUUCGGCUGUCGCGGCGCUGUGAGCAUACAGAAAGCUAUCUGUAAGCCCCACGAAGUCGAUGAAUGUCGUUUCGAUAUGGGCGUCGUUAAUGGUGAUAUGUGGUACCUUCGAGCUAAUGAUGUUGAAACGCGAAACCGGUGGCUUGAGGCCAUCGAAAGUCAUAAAAAUGCGCCUGACAGCGCGUAUGGGAGUGAUCAGUCCUUAAAGCGCCAUGGGUCGUCGAUAUCAAUUGGAUCGACGAUGUCGCAGAGCUCGAUCGGCUCCCGAAGGAGUCUAAUCAAGGAAAAGCUAAACGAAAUUGACACCUUUAAAGACAUUCUCGCAAGACAAGUCGACACAAUACAGACGGUGUACGAGGGGUUGGCAGGAGUUGUGUCCGAGUUUCCGUCAGCGGUUAGCUCCGUUGACGUCAGGGGUGAAGCGAUGACCUUUAAAGCCACGAGUCAUGCCCUACUGGCAGCCUGCGCCCAGUGCGUCGAGCUGGUCUCGCAGCACGAAGAUAACUGGCGUAGAAAACUUGAACGGGAGGUCGAGCGACGUAGGCGGGCAGAAGCUGCUUUGGGUACGGGCAAUGGGAUGUCUACUAUUGUAGCAACAGGUGGCUUGGACUCGUCGGCCGCUGCUUCCGCGGGCGGAAACGGCGUGGUCACGGCGUUGGGCAAACGACCUUCGUUGAUUAACAUGAACUGCCCCGAUAUGGUGGAGGGACCGCACUCGCUUCUAAAUGAAGAAGACUUUUUCGAUGCAGUUGAAGCUUUUAUCGAACAGAACGAUCAAGAGGUUGAACAGAAACGACAAAUUCGAAAUAAAGUGCGCCAGCUGCAAAAUCCGGACGCGACUGGGGCCCAAAUAAAAAAUCAUCCUCUAUCAAAGGAGAUUGAUGAGACGACACGCGAACAGUAUCGAUACGCGCUUAUGGGCCUUGGCGGUGAAGGAGGCUGGCAGCUGUUCGCUGAAGAUGGGCUUAUGAAAAUGUAUAAGAGAGAAGUUGAGGUUGAUGGGUUGGUCUGCGAUCCCCUUAAGGCCGUUCACGUUGUCAAAGGUGUUACUGGUCGUGAGAUGUGCCACUAUUUUUUUGCACCCGAGGUUCGGUAUGAUUGGGAGCCGACGGUAGAGACAAUGAAGGUCGUUGAAGUGGUUGAAACGUCAAAAACGUUAGUAUUUCAUCAGAUACACAAGCGGGUGUGGCCUGCAGCCCAGCGCGACGCAUUGUUUUGGUCGCACAUCGAGCAAAUGGCUGGGGAAGGCGUUGAGGCUGAACAGGUAGAACAGUUUGGUGAACCGCUGGGUCCGCCCGUCAGCGGGGACCUGUUCAACACGUGGAUGGUGUGCAACAAGUCCUGCGAUCAGCCUGAGAUACCGGUGGGUCGAUGUGUUCGAGUAUUUCUGACGGUAUGCCUUGUGGGUCAGACCUAUGUAGAAGGGGAUCCCCAAAUAGCGGGUCGGGAUAAAGUGACCACGCGUAUAACCUACUGCUCCUCUAUUAAUCCUGGAGGGUGGGCGCCAGCAUCUGUAUUACGAUCAAUCUACAAACGGGAAUAUCCCAAAUUUCUAAAAAGAUUUACUCAGUAUGUUAAGGAGCAGACGGAAAAUAAACCUAUUAUGUUCUAAUUUUUCA